CCACCCAGCAGCAGCAGCAGCAGCAGCAGGUAGACUUUACACCUGAUCCUCUAAUAAAUCAUUUAACUCUCACUCGAGCUUAACAUGAGUCAGCAGACAGACGAGGAGGCGGAGGCCGAGUGGGGAAGCGCUAAACGUGAUGGUGGAGCUGAGUCCGAACCUGAUGGAGCUGAGUCUGAACCUGAUGGAGCAGAGCCCUCCACCUUCCUCCCUGUGUAUCCAGACGGAUGGAGGAUCAGAGGAGAGGAGGACCUCCAGGAGGACUUGUUGCAUCCAUGUUGCCCAGCAGAGGGCAACAUUGAUCAGUCAAAUCCAGCCUCCAUGUUAGAGUACUGGGUGUAUCUAGAUAACCAGAACAACGUGCCCGACUGUCCCGUCACCAGAACCGUCACCCCUCCGAGCUCUCCGGUAACCGGCAGGCCUCGUCUGUUCAUACCGUCUUCCCCCUGCAGUCCCAGCGGUUCACCCUGGGACACUCCUCCUGUCAGUGCUGCAGCUCACCUACACCUGUUGGGGGAAUCCCUGUCCCUGAUUGGACACCAUCUUCAGGAGACAGAUAAAAUGGUGAGCGUGCCGGGUAGCUUGUCUCUGCUGUUGGACUCUCUGCUGUGCGCCCUGGCUCCUCUAAUCUGCCUCACGACGGAGAUACCAGAGCUGAGGAGCUGCACACAGCACACACUGUCCUCGACUCUGGAAAACAUUUCCUACGUGAUGCCCGGCAUGGAACUAUGUGGUCGAGUGGUGCAGCUGAACAAUAUGGUCGUGCUUGAGGAAAUCCUUUGCUCGGUGUCGAGCCAAGAGAGGCUAGAGUGCAACUUUUCACUGCUGUUUCUAUUAAAGCAGCCAGGAACGAGUCUAGUGGCUGGACUUUCAACUUGUCAUUUUGUAAGUUUUGUUUUGGAUGUAGACGGACGCAUGGUUGAACAAUGAUGAUAAAACUUUACACACACACACAGCACUUUCUUGUGCCCGACUCAUUUUACCGCCUGUGAUAGGCGACUGUCAGAGACCAGACCCAACAACUGAG